GGGUGGUUCUUGAUUUUGACAACAAACUAACAUGAUCUCCAUUUCUUUUUCUCCCUUCUCUUCCUUCGAGACCAUUCUGUAAAAAGCUUGAGCUAGCUGCUGCUUCAAACCCAUGGCGAUAUGGGAAAAACAAGCAAACUCCCAAAGUCAAAACUCUCACACGUGAGGACCCAUUGAUCCCAUUUAUAUUUAUUUAUGAUUUCUUCUUCUUCUUCUUCUUCUUCUUCUUCUUCUUCUUCUUCUUCUUCUUCUUCUUCUUCUCCUCUCUCUCUUUAAUUUCUAGAUCUUCUUCUUCCAUGGAAUAAUCCUCGUACAGACAUAGCUCCCUUUGAUCUUCUUUUCUUAACUUCACUCCUUUAGUUUCUCUUUCUUUGACUCUCUACCUUGUGGUGCUUGGGUUGAGCUGAAGAUCGGAGCAUGCUUGAAUGUCCAAAGAAAGAGAGAGAUUCGACGAGAUAGCGAAGAAGAUAAAGAGAGAGACAGAUGUAUCAUCGUCAUCAAAUAAUCUUCCACACCAAAUUAUGGGAAGAAGACAGACGACGCUACAGUCUCCUCCUGGGACUCUCAACACCAUUACGCCAUGCGCGGCCUGCAAGCUUUUGAGAAGAAGGUGUGUCCAAGAAUGCCCCUUCUCCCCAUACUUCUCCCCCCACGAACCUCACAAGUUUGCCUCCGUGCACAAGGUCUUCGGUGCCAGCAACGUCUCCAAGAUGCUCAUGGAAGUUGCAGAGAAUCAAAGAGCAGAUGCUGCAAAUAGCCUUGUCUAUGAAGCGAAUGUGAGGCUGAGAGAUCCUGUGUAUGGCUGCAUGGGCGCCAUUUCAGCUCUACAACACCAAAUCCAAGCAUUACAAGUUGAACUCAAUGCAGUUAGAGCUGAGAUUUUAAGAUACAAAUAUAGAGAAGCUAAUAUCAUUCACUCUUCUCCUCAACAUGUGCCUUUUCUUUCGUCUUCGGCUGAGGUCGUUUCGAUCGCCGUGCCACCACCACCUCCACUGUUGCCUCCACCGCCUCAUUAUGACGGUUCAGCUUCUUCCUCCUCUUCAUUGUACAACCGGCCCGCCGUGGCGGUGGCGGCUGAUUAUAGUACUAUUUCAAGUGAUGAAAAUGUUCCCUACUUUGUUAGGACUUCUACUACUCAUCAAUUGGAUUCUUAGAUUUGUAGAUUAGGGUUUUAAAAGAAAGGCAAUUUUUACUUGGAAUAAGAUUGGAAGGAAAAGUU